ACUCGACUCACCAACCACGCACCCAAUCGCCUCCAAGUUAGAAGACGACACUCACACAUUACAUCGCCUCCCCUAUGACCCUGCUUCGUAGGACUGUCGAUUGAAUCGCCCCGUCUUCAACCUUGGACCUCACCUAAUAAUUGUCACCCUCAACAACACUUGCCCUUAUGCCCUCCUACGGAUCCCUCCAUUCCCCAUCGCUCAGGAAAAUGGAACACUCACGGGUGCAAUAUGGCUCUGCCCAUAGGGGCAUCAACUUUGGGAAUGUCGUGGGCGACCCAUUCGCCCUGGCCACCAUCUCAAUCUCAGCAUUGGCAUGGAUUAUCGCCUUCUUCGCCUCUAUUUUUGCGCAGAUCCAGACCGGUUCUUCCUUCCCGACAUACUCAUGGUGGGCUGUUGUCUACUAUUUCUUCCUCGUCGGCGGCAUCUUCGUUGUCGUAGCAUCAGACACCACCCAGACGUACCAUGUGGCUGUAGUAGGAUAUCUUGCUUGUGGCCUGGUCCUCUCGACAUCCUCCGUCAAUGGCCUGGUUUAUUCGUCCAACGGUGCUAAGGAAGCCGCUGCGGCUGGAUUCAUCUUGCUCUCCAUGGUGACGGUCGUCUGGAUCUUCUACUUCGGCUCGGCACCGUCGGCUGUCCCUCGUGCCUAUAUUGACUCUUUUGCCCUGAGCAAGGAAUCCACCAUGAACGGGCAGACCCUGAACGGUGGCUACACCGGUGGUCGACCCGAGACUUCCACAUCUGUCCAGCCUCCGCAAAUGUACACGUCGGCUCAGUUGAACGGAUUUGAAAACCCCUCUCCAGUUGGGGGCAUGACUACGACUCAGCGCAACUCGACAAUGAACCCCGGCUUUGGUCCAGCCAAUCCCCCCAAGCCAGCAGGUGCUCCACCCACCGAGGGGGAGAUUGUACCCCCUACCGAGUACCCCUACCGGGCAAAGGCUAUCUACAGCUACGAGGCCAACCCAGACGAUGCCAACGAGAUUUCCUUCUCAAAACACGAGAUCCUCGAGGUCAGCGAUGUUAGCGGAAGGUGGUGGCAGGCACGCAAGGAGAGCGGCGAGACCGGCAUUGCCCCCAGCAAUUACCUCAUCCUGCUGUAGGAAGCCUACCAAGUCUGCUAGCUUCAGGAUUCUCGGGCCCAAGAGUGGCCCUCCCUGCUGCAUUGACCUGUCGGCAUGUUGCAGGCAUUGCGCUUGGGUUUUAUGUGAAUGUCUCAUCG